UUAACUAUAAUCCAGAGGAAAAUAAUAUAUAUGUCCUAGAAAAGAGAAAAUAAAACUUUAUGCAAUAAUCAGUCAUUUAUAUGAAACAUGUUGGAGCCACUAAUCAAUUACGAGGUUGCUUUUUGUUUCCUCAUUCAAUCAUAGUAUCUGCUGUGCAUCAAUGUCUUUUCCCCACCACACCAACCCUUUUGCUUUAAUCUCUUUCUUACGCUCUUCUGUUCAUUCAUAAGACGAACAUGUUCAAUUCACAGUCUCAUCCUCAAAAUCUCACACAACCUUUUCUCUUUCGUAUCCUUCUAGCCCCUCUGAUGGAUGCUUCCAAACCAGAAUCUGCAAAACAGCUAAAAGAAUAUCUUCAGCACCAACAAGAGCCAUUUUCAUUGCAAACUUGCCUCUCAGAAAAAAGUUAUAGGUUCAAGAACUUCAGCUCUGGUACUACUAGGAAUAUGCAUUGCCUUCAUUCACGGAAGAAUCUGAAGAGAUCAGUCAAAUGUGAUUUGUACAAUGUGAGAAGAAGGUUGUUACAAGCUAAAGGCAUCCUAAGAUCAAUACUUUCCAAGUUCAUUCUCUCAGGUGAUUUCCAUGAGUUCUCAAACUGGGAUGGACAGCAUAAGAGUGAUCAAUAUGUGCAUUGGAAAACCACAGGCACUCAGAAAAAGCCAAAAUAUGGGUUUUUCUCGAAGCAAAAAUUAGCAGCAUCUGAAAAUUUCACUUACCAUGAUGUUGUAGACAACCUUUUGUCUUACGAGCAUCGUGGUUCAACUUUUAUGAGCAUGUUUCAGACAUUUACGCUUCCUGAAGUGAGAAGAGUAGAGGAAUCUGUUGGAGAUCCCAUGCUUUCAACCUAUUUAACGAAGCGAUUUAUGAACUUGGACAUUGCCAAAAUGGGACAUGUAAGAAGUACCAAACUCCGUAUGGUCAGGACAACUAUUUGCCAAGGAAAGAAGAUAAUCCUGCAGACAAGGAAGCAGCUACUGUCAGGCCGUGUAGGAAAAUCUGAAAAUUUUCAUGAAAAUGAAGGUAAACAACUUCCAAUCAGAGCCGCUUUAGAGAUUGAAGACUUUGAAAAUUUAAUACAUGAGCACUUUUGCUCAAUGGAGAAACAGUGUGCAGAAGUGAAGACAGCCACCCACUUGUUGCUCACAGAAUCCUUCUUCACAUCUGAAGAGUGGAGGAAUUCCAAUACACAAAAUUGGGAGAUGCAAAGGGAGAUAGGAGAUGCUAUCAUGGAUGACAUUGUCAGAGAGACUAUUGUUUCAUUCUUGGGUUAA